CUCUGGCUAAACAUGGCCGCUGACAAACUCACUCAUGGCAGUUAGCACUCGUUACAUCUUUAAAAUUUGAAAUUUACAAAUCUUAAAUUACAAAACAAACUAUUACAUAGUUACCAAUUUAAUUGACUUUUUAACCUUGCCGUUGGUUUCUUUUUUUAUCUCAUCUUCCUGCGACUCGUUAGCCGCUGAAGCUAGGUAGCGAGCUAACUUCUCCAUAGGGAACAAUGACAGCGACUUCUGCAGGUAGCAGCAGCUGUCUCACCGCUAAAGGACUGGACAUAAGCCUGGCUGCUCUGCAGCGACAAGACCCAUACAUCAAUGACAUCGUGGACGUGGCCAGUCAAGUUGCCCUGUAUACGUAUAACAACAGGGCAAAUGAGUGGGAGAAGACAGAGGUGGAAGGCACGCUUUUUAUCUACACAAGACUGGCCUCUCCCAGGCAUGGUUUCACCAUUAUGAACAGACUCAGCAUGGAGAACCUGACGGAGCCAAUCACCAAAGACUUGGACUUCCAGCUCCAGCACCCCUUCCUGCUUUACCGCAAUGUGCGAUUGGUUAUCCAUGGCAUUUGGUUCUACGAUAAGGAGGACUGUCAACGCAUUGCUCAGAGGAUGAAGAUUCUGACCCAGCAGGAGCAGGCUCAGUCCCAGGGGGGCUGGUUGUCCCCAGGAGGAAGAGGAGGAUCAGUAGUAGUAGUUGGAGGAGGAGGAGUUCUUGGGGGAGUACUUGGAGGAAGAGUUGGACAAGGAGGAGGCGGAGGAAGCGGAGGAAGUGAAGCGAAGGCAGUGGACAUCAUCCAGAUGUUGACCAAAGCACGCACAGAGUAUGACAAGUCUGCGUCGGAGCCAAAGGAGAUUGGUGGCAGCAGUGUUAUUUAUGGAAACCCCAACUUGAUCAAACCAAUACCUGUUAAACUGAACACACAGGACAGUGAAAGUGCUCAACCCAAGCCUCUCUCUCUGGCCACUCUUUUUGGCUCUCAACCUCAACAACCUCAACACUCAUCCAAACCUGACCCGGUCCCUCCUAUGGCUGCCCCCGAGACGGGGCCAUCGACGGGACGGGUCACGCGCCCGCCUGUAGCCCGCUCACUGAAAUACGACGACACGGUGAACUCUAGCGGAAGUGCGACCUCCAAGGGAGGCAACGUCGCCGUGGUUGGCUGUUCAGAUGGAGGGCUCAGGGCUGUGAUUGGAGGACAAACAGUCGGGGAACACGGCGGAAACGCCGUCGUGGGCUUGCUGCCGAGUCCCACUGGCGCCCAUCAUCAGCAGCAGCAGCAGCAGCAGAACCAGCCUCAGCACUGCCCAGCCAUCCAGAAACUCAUGCAGGGACAGCGGGGAGUCGGGGUGGUCGGAGGCGUCCUUCAGACCGUGUCCGAGUCCCCCGAGAACCGGCUGUGUGACAACGGCGUGCCGCUGGAGCUUCACCACCACCAUCACCAUCUGUACCAUCAUCAUCAGCAGCACCUCCUUCAUCACCAUCAUCAACGGCAACAACAGCAACAGCUGCAGGCUGACCCAAUCAAGAGACUUUUCCAAACCCAGCCACCUCCUCCCUCCUCCAACCUGCCUCCUCUGCAGCAGAACCCUCACCUCUCCUCUCAGCCCGUGUUGGUGGAUCCUGUGUCAUGUUCCCACCUUCAAGCGCAACAAAGCCAGCAGCUGUUUUUCAGCCUCGCUAAACCUCAAACGGAGGCGCAGCACAACAGUCAGUCAGCUUCGGCUAUACAGGGAACAGGUUUGCUGCCAUCUCAGGUGACCACUGACCACGUCCUUCAACCUUCACAAGGUCUGUCUUCCCAGAUGUCUGGUGUGGUGUCGCCUCAUGAGCUCCUGCAAAAGCUCCAGCUGGUCCAACAAGAGCAAAGCCUGGCUUCCCACGAUCCCCCCCGACUCUGUCCAGGACUGGCCCCUCGGUUCUUGGGGCCCACUCAAGGUCAAGGUGCAGGCUCAGUAGUCGGACCGGUCUCAAACCAGACCGCGGGCCAAAAGGCUGCGCUGCAGUUUCAGGUCAUCUCCCCCCAGCGGAUACCGGCCACUGUGGCCCCCAACCUGCUCCUCUCUCCCAGUGUGUUCACUCAGGCAAAGUCCAGUGGCGGGUUGCCGGCGGCUGCCCAGGAGAGCUGCUCUGCCCCCUCAAUCCUGUCCAGACCCCCGCUGCAGGAGGACAUCAGAGUCCUGUCCAGAAGCCAGCUUCAGGCCACAAUGCUGCACAUGAUCCAGACUGACAGCUCAUUCCUGGACACCAUCUACGAAGCUUACAUCAGCCGCUUUACUAAUGACUCUGGCAGCAAGUACUGAUGACUCUUCACACCUUCUGUCUACACAUACAGUAUACUGUCCAGAGCAGCGGGGCUCCUUCUUCGACAUCUAACACGGAUGUAGCACACUUAUAAUCGCACACACACACUUACUGUAUUACAGAACCUGACUCUCUUCCCUUAGAACCAAGUCUCUCUAGUCGCAACAACAACAACAAAAAAGCAGUUAUCAAAAAUUCCUAAUGUGUGUUUCCAUUUUUACAAAAAUACAUCACUUUUCAUCCUGUGACUCCUCAAAUAUGGCAUAACUCUACGGUCUUGACGUCACCUGUGGUUAAGGGGAAAUGUAGCCUAUACUGCAAACUCUCUGUUUCUCACGCUGUUUGACAUUUGUGUUUCCCUGCACUAUUUUCUUCACCAAAUGUAGCAGACUUUUAUUUGAAUCUGUUUUGUUUUAGUUGUUUGUAGCCUUUACUCCGUGACCGUCGUCUAACACCAGCCAGCCUGUCCGUCAACAAGUCUUCCCGGGCUAAAAACUAGUGCUGAAGGAUAUGCUCAAACUGACUUGUAAAUGUAAAACAUGUUCAACAUGUUUUUGUUUUCUGUAUAUUUGGAAAAGUAUUUUUAAUUGUUAAAUGGAAUUUGUUGGAUUUUAAUUUCCAAUUAUUUUAAAUUAUGCUCCUACUAGUUUGCGUUCUAUAGGAACAUUAAACUAGUAUAUUUCACUAUCCAAAUUCUUUUAAAGUUAUUCAAAUGAUACCGUGUUGUUUUGAAUUGUUCUUCCUUCUCCAGCACACUCUAGCUGGGAUGAACAUCUGUAUUGGUACUUUAGUUACAGCUGAGGAAGAUUUAAAAAUGACAUGGUAUCCAUCUCACUUGAAGUAACGAGGAAAGUACAGGAGGUCGUCAACUUGCCCUACCUCACAGAGAGCAGUUCAGAGGUGUACCUGUGUUUUUACAGAUGUCAGUGAUGUGAUUGGACAGUUUUAAAGAUUAGAUAAUCCAGUCAGGAUUAACAUAGGGGAUUUCAACACCAGUGAAAAACCAUUGACAAUCUUUUAAAACACUGAAAUAUCACUCGAGUUGUGUAUUUUUAAGUGAUUUUUGCAUUCAUUCCACAGUUCCUGAACAUUUUCACUGCCAAACAUCUCACAGAAAGUCCCCUCAGGAAGAGUACGUUUUUAUUCAUCAAACACUUUGCUAUUGAUGGUAAGUCCAGUUGAAUAAACAAUGGGUUAAAUGGAUUCAAAGCCAUAAAUAGCAGCAGAGAAGGUAUUUAGAUAUAUCCGAUAAUAGUUUUGAGUUCAAAGGCCUGUUUAAAGCAAGUGGAGAAGACAAUAUGAUAGAAAAUGCACUUCCAAAAUACUGUUACGAUCCAUGUGCUCAGUUCCUCACAGAGAAGUUGAAGUCAAUAAAAUUGUUUAAUUUGAUCGGGGUUAGGGUUUGCCGUUUGUGUUUAGCUCCCGUGCUAAACUGGUAGACAGCCAGACGAUACAGUAGCUACCAGAGAACACAAAAACAGCAGCAACAAAAAAAGAAAAAGAAUACAUUUGAGAGAAGAAAAAACAUAUUUUCUUUCCUAUUUUUGUACUCAAAGAAAAUGUAUUGUUGUCAAAGUACAAAUAACCAGCAUGUUACAUGACAAAUAAAUGUACAGCUAACAUGGAAGUACAAAUUCAUUCUUAAACAACAUAUCUACAGUUUUCUGUCAUCCAUAAAGUUUUUAUUAAAAGCCAUUGUCAUUUAGGAUAUUAUGAGACAUCGGAACGCCAAUGAAAACAUUUUUACACAUUUGUCUUUUUGUUUUUAACAAUGUUUUGCUCUUACAUAAACUGGAAUAUAUUUUAAUUGGAUAUUAAAUGUUCUCAAACUUCCUUUGUCUUUUUUUAUGUUGUGUCAAUGGAUCUGCAUGGCUGACUGGUAUUAUGAUGAUUAUUAUGAUGAUGAUUAUUCAAGAUUGAUCCAGCCUCAAGUAACACUUAUCACAAUGAAGGUACGCUCACUAUUGCUUUAAUGUCAUAUCGUUGCCUUCUUUUGCCACGAUCAAUAGUGUGACAUAAUGUCUGCAGUGAUUAAUCAACUGGUUUUUACACAACCAGCAGUAUUGAGGGGCUUUGCCCAAUUAACUCUAAUAGACCAAUAAAACAUCUUUUUCUUUUUCCAAUAAUAAAUCGCUCCCUGAGUUUGUCGUGCCUAACCGAGCACACGGUGCAUUGCUGACACAAUGGAGUUGAUUUGAUUGAACCGAGCAGCCAUUAAGUUUGUCCACUAGGUCCAUUUAGGAGCUGUUGUGGAGCUUUUGAUCAAAUCAAAUGAUCUUCAUAAGCAGAUGGAGCAGCUACUAAAUGGAUUUUGUGGUGUGGACCUUAUAGUGAUACCAUACUUUUAACCUCAGCUUUUUGGUUUAAAGAGCUCAAAGGAAAGUAGAAAUUUGAACAGUUUCAGUGUCAAAUACCACACAAGCUCACCUAAAACAAUCAACAUUUUGUCAUUGAUGCUCAUGUUUUACUUCAAGGGCUUUCACAACAUCACAAUGCAGCGUAAUGUUUCAUUCGGUGUGCAACAAUGACUCCAUUGACGGUGUGAUGGACUGAUUCAUCGUCGGAUGAAGUCAUCAGCUGGUCUCCCAAUGGCGACCGUCGUCUCUCAGGACAACGGGGAUAAUGACCUUUAACUUAAUCACUUUCCUCGUGACGUGCAGGCA